CCACCUGUUGAUUCAAUGCACGUGUUACCAUUUCUUUUGAGCAUGUCCGUUACUAAAUACGAACGGUAACCACAGACAACCGAUCAAUUGUUUAUUUCCAUCAAUAGCAAAAUCUAUUCGAUCGCGUAGUUCAAAGUUUUGAAAUUCUACGCCCAAGUUGCAUUCUUCAAAUAUUCCACGAAAAUGACAGCCAAAGCUACCACAAUCAAGGAAGCCCUCAAACGACUCGAGGAUCGAACGAAGACCAACUCCUGCGACGAUAAGGAAAUCGAUCUGUGCUUCCAGUGGCCUCCGAUAGAGAAGAUGGACACCACUUUCUCCACGCUGGUUGCCUGCGAGAAACUAUCGCUUUCGACCAACAUGAUCGACAAAAUCUUCGGCCUGAGCGGAAUGAAGAACCUACGGGUUCUCUCAUUGGGCAGAAACUACAUCAAGGCCAUUUCCGGACUGGAAGGAGUGAGCGACACCCUCGAGGAGCUUUGGAUCAGCUACAACCUGGUGGAGAAACUGAAGGGGAUCAACGUGCUGAAAAAGCUCAAGGUGCUGUACAUGAGCAACAACCUGGUGAAGGAUUGGGUCGAGUUCAACCGGUUGGCCGAUUUGCCCAUGCUGGAGGAUUUGCUGUUUGCCGGAAAUCCUUUGGUGGAAUCCAUGGAGGAGAGCGUCUGGCGUGCGGAAGCAAGCAAACGGUUGCUGUCGUUGAGAAAGCUCGAUGGAGAAACGGUAAUCCGGGAGGAGAGCGAUAGUCAGCAGCCGCAACAACCAGCUGGACAACCGGAGAAGGCUUAAGUUGAAGAGGCAUUCUAACUUAGAAGAUGCACAGUGCUUUCUAUUACAUAACACUUAAACGAAAAUAGAAGUUUAAGUAUGUAUCGCUACAAAGUAUUUUUUAAGAUACUUCUGUAGAAUAUCAAUAAAAGCAUUAUCUGUAGAGAGG